GCAGCCCUCCGCCGGCCGGGAAAGCUGACCACGCCGCCGGCUUCCGGGGAUUCAGGGGCCGCUGCGGUUGACGGCAGACGUCCGUCUUUGGCUCGAGGGAAGACGGGCCGAAUAUUCCCAUAGGGGCGCAGACCAUCCGCCUCUCGGUUUCAGCCACUUUCGAGAUGUCAAGAAAGCUCCAGAGGACAGAAGUGUGCGCUGACUGCAGUGCGCCAGACCCGGGGUGGAGCAGCAUCAACCGUGGAGUUCUGAUUUGCGAUGAAUGCUGCUCGGUCCACCGCAGCCUAGGCCGACAUAUCUCCAUAGUAAAGCACCUGAGGCACAGCGGAUGGCCUCCCACACUACUGCAGAUGGUUCAGACUUUGGCUAGUAACGGGGCCAACUCCAUAUGGGAACACAGUCUCCUGGACCCCGCGCAGGUGCAGAGCGGACGCAGGAAACCAAACCCUCAGGACAAGGUUCAUCCCACAAAGUCUGAGUUCAUCAGAGCCAAAUACCAGAUGCUGGCGUUCGUGCACAAGCUUCCCUGCCGCGAUGAUGAUGGCGUCACCGCCAAGGACCUCAGUAAGCAACUUCAUUCGAGUGUUCGGACAGGCAGCUUGGAGACGUGUCUUAGGCUCUUGUCCCUCGGUGCUCAGGCCAACUUCUUUCACCCGGAGAAGGGCACGACACCACUCCACGUGGCGGCCAAGGCGGGCCAGAUCCUGCAAGCUGAGCUACUGGUCGUGUAUGGCGCUGACCCUGGAGCGCCGGACAUCAAUGGACGGACACCGAUGGACAAUGCGAGGCAGGCGGGUCAUAUAGAUCUAGCAGAGCGACUGGUGGAGUGUCAGUAUGAGCUGACAGACAGGUUAGCCUUCUACCUGUGUGGCCGGCGUCCAGAUCACAAAAAUGGACAUUACAUCAUUCCUCAAAUGGCAGACAGUCUGGACCUCUCUGAACUGGCUAAAGCUGCCAAGAAGAAGCUCCAAGCACUCAACAACCGGUUGUUUGAGGAGUUGGCGAUGGACGUCUACGACGAGGUGGAUCGCAGAGAAAACGACGCAGUGUGGUUGACGACACAGAACCACAGCACUCUGGUCACAGAGCGAAGUGCUGUCCCAUUCCUCCCCGUCAACCCUGAAUACUCGGCUACACGAAACCAGGGUCGUCAGAAGCUGGCCCGUUUCAACGCCCGUGAGUUUGCUACGCUCAUCAUCGACAUCCUGAGUGACGCCAAGAGGAGGCAGCAAGGGAAAGGUCUCAGCAGCCCCACAGAGCCGUUGGACCUGGGCAUUGACGAUGACAUGCACGACUACGACACCGUAGCUUCUGAUGAAGACACGGACAGCGAGCUGACCACCCAGAACAACAACAAUACGCAGCGCAGCAACCGUGCAAAGAGCAUGGACUCGUCGGACUUGUCGGACGGUCCCAUCACCCUGCAGGAGUACCUGGAGGUGAAGAAGGCCCUGGCCUCCUCAGAAGCCAAGGUGCAGCAGCUGCUGAAGGUCAACAACAAUCUGAGUGAGGAGCUCCGGAGGCUUCAGAAGGAGGUGAGAAAGGGUGGGUCUGUGGGUCCAUUACAGUAUGGAGGCCAUCAUGUCUCUGGGUCUACAGAAAUGAGCAGAUAUAAGGUUUCUAAAUCGGAAAAGCACGGCAGCGGCACGGACAGCGACUAUGAUAACACUCAGUUGUAUGAUCCGUCUCAAAGUAUCGGACGCAGCAGUGAGGAGGAAGGUCGGGGUGAGUCUGAGGAAGGAGGAGGUGGGGAGGCGGUGGAGCCGGACCCCACCCUGCCCUGCACGGAGGAUGUCAUCCUGAAGACGGAGCAGGUGACAAAGAACAUUCAGGAGCUGCUCCGGGCUGCGCAGGAGUUCAAACACGACAGCUUUGUUCCGUGUUCUGAGAAGAUCCACUCGGCGGUCUCUGAGAUGGCGUCUCUCUUCCCCAGAAGGCCGGCUCUGGACGCUGUCCACUGCUCUCUCCGCCUCCUGGCCUCCAGCGCUUCCAGGCUGCAGGUGGAGUGUCGUAAGGCGGUGCCCUCGGAGCCCGGGGCCCCCGCCGUGGACUACCAGCUGCUCACCCAGCAGGUCAUCCAGUGCGCCUACGACAUCGCCAAGGCAGCCAAGCAGCUGGUCACCAUCACUACCCGCGAGAAAAAACAGUGACCGGACGCACACAGGAGGAAAG